AUGUGCCGGCCGGUUGUAAAUGGUGUAAAUGUUGCCGGUUUGUGCGCGAGAAGCCCUGUAUGUCAACUUCAUGUGAGAAGCCGUGGUUUGGGGUGCCUCGCCAAAUUUCACGAUGAUGAGGCCAAACUUUCGGUAUCCGCAGCUUUGGAUGAACGUGCAAGAGAUUGCAACUGUCUGUUCUUCUCUAUCCCAUUGGAAAUAUCUCCAGCAAACAACAAAGGCGUUUAUGUUGGGCAGAGGUCAGGGCAUGUCUCGGAGUGUGCCGCUGUCUGA